AAUGAUGGAUUUAAAUCUGAUUACAGGCAUCACCAGUCAACUGGAGCACUUUGUCGAGGCUGGAGUCGACGCCAUCUGGAUGUCCCCCAUCUUCACGUCGCCCAUGGUGGAUUUCGGUUACGACAUCAGCGACUUUUACGACAUUCAUUACGAGUACGGCACCAUGGAAGACUUCAAGGAGUUGCUGACGAGAGCUCAUGAGUUGGGUCUGAAAGUUCUUCUGGACUUCGUGCCCAACCACGCGAGUACCGAGUCAGAAUACUUCAAGAAGUCGGAGGCUGGUGACCCAGAGUAUAAAGACUACUUCAUGUGGGCUGACCCACUGUGGGUGGAUCCAGAGAACGAAACCAACAGGAGGCCGCCGUCCAACUGGGUGAGUCAAUUCGGCGGUUCCGCUUGGGAGUGGAGCGAGGCGCGCCAGCAGUACUACCUGCAUCAGUUCGCUGUAGUCCAAGCAGACUUCAACUUCAGGAACCAAGUGGUCAAAAACGAGAUGUUCAACAUCAUGAAAUUCUGGCUGGACAUCGGAGCGGACGGGUUCAGGGUGGACGCUUUACCGUACCUCAUGGAGGCCAGGCCCGAAGAUCACAACGGAAGCUACCCGGACGAUCCGCUCAGUGGCCUCGCGCAAUUCGAAUCGCAUCAGCUGGGCUACACCAUCCCACUGUACACCAAGGAUCUGAUAGAUCUCUACCCAAUAGUGUACGAAUGGAGGGACUUCGUCGAUGAAUAUAACAAAGAACACGGGGGUAACACAAGAGUGCUUUUCUCCGAGGGUUACGCCAACGUGACCAUGACUAUGUUGUACUACGGCAACGAGCAGGGCGACAUCGGAGCGCACUUCCCCUUCAACUUUGACUUCGUGACGGACCUCAACGCUGAGUCCAACGCCAGGGACUUCGUGUACACUAUCCUCAGAUGGUUGACGUACAUGCCGUAUGGCGGAGUGGCUAACUGGGUGUUCGGCAACCACGACAACAACAGGAUGCCGACUCGAUUCCGUCACGACAUGGUGGACGGGUUGAACGCUAUCAACAUGCUGCUGCCAGGAGUGGCGGUAACUUACCAAGGCGAAGAGAUCGGCAUGAGGGACGGAUACGUCAGCUGGGAGGAUACAGUGGACGUGGAAGCAAUUAACAGGGGAGACAACGAGACAUACAUGCUUUACUCACGAGACCCAGCCAGGACGCCGUUCCAUUGGGACGACACUACCAGCGCUGGGUUCUCCACAAACCUGACUACCUGGCUACCAGUAGCCGAAGACUAUACAGAAAUAAAUCUGAAGAAGCAGAUGGAGGAUAGCAGAAGUCAUUUUAAGGUUUACCAAGCGUUGACGAAGCUACGGAAAGAAAAGACCCUGUCUCACGGGGAAUACGACAUACGGGCAUUCUCCGACCAGUCGUUCUUCCUGGUCCGGAGUCUGCGGACUUACGACACUUAUGUGUUGCUGUUCAACGUGGGACUAGCUUCUGAUACAGUCAGCCUUUCAAGGGUGACGCAUCUGACGCUACCGGCAACAGUCUACGUGUCUAGCAUUAAUUCUACAAGAUUAGCUGGUGACGUCAUCUCCGAGAAUGCCCUGACGUUGGCAUCGGGAGAGGCUUUAGUACUCAAGGCACCACCCACAUAAAUAACAUUACGAACUUUCUAUACUAAGUUAAAUUCCUACAUUAAGUUUUAAUGAUAAGGCUUAAAUUAUUGCAUGAUCUAAGAAAAAGUUGAAAUAAUUUGUAGCAAAUUAAUAUUGUUAAUAAUGUAAAUAAACUACUAUUUAUUUAUUGUGAUGCGA